GAAAAAAAAACACUUAUUUUUAUUUUUACUCUAAUUUCACCUCUUCUCUAAUCAGUCCUUCCAAAUCAAGAAGAAGAAUAUCGAAAAACAAUAGAAAGUGUUCAUUCUCUAUUGAUUCCCUCCUUUGAUAUCUAUAUCCAUAUAUAAAUCAUUUAUCAUUAUCGUCAAUUAUGGAGUCAAAUAAUUCCCCGUCAGAGACUGAUACAUUCUUGCAACAACAACAGGAGGAAGCUGGUCGUCGUUUAUUUCAAGUGUUGAAUGACACCGCUGGGUCAAAUGCGCACGUAAAUGCUGUCAGUGUCCUUGGCGCCAUUCGCACACGUCCUUCGUUUCUCGAAACAGCAACUGCAAAAAUCAUGGAUUCAAAGACAGUAGCUGAUGUUGUGAACCAGUCUCAGCUUGUGGCAGAACAAUUGAUGCGCCUCGACGUGUUUGAACAAGUCAAGGUUUUGCUUGAUCGGGCCUCGGACAGCGACCCCUUGGCAGCACCUGGAUCAAUUAAUGUGGUUUAUCAAGUAAAGGAAAAGAGUAGAUUUUUUAUCAAGACCGGAACAGAGAUUGGCAACAACGAAGGAAAUAUGAAUGGAUCCGUAACUGUACGCAAUGUGUUUGGCGGCGCAGAAGUACUAGAGACAGUGGCUUCCUUUGGCACAAGAAACAGUUCUUCUUUCCAGUUUUCGCUUGCCAAACCUGUCAAUGCAUCUCCUGACUCUAGAUUGGAUAUUAAUGCACACCAUGUUCUCCAAAACAAUGUCUUGAUGAGCUCUUAUGAAGAACUUUCCCGAGGUGUUGGUCUGCGUUACAAGACACUUUCUCGCUUUGGUUUCCACGAACUUAGUUACAACUGUAUUUGGAGAUCUAUCGACAAGGUUUCCGAUACUGCUUCUCUCAGUAUCCGUAACCAAGUCGGCCAGUCUCUCAAAUCUUCGAUCAACCACACAUUUAUCCGUGAACGACGCGAUGACAUGCUUUUGCCUACUCGUGGACACUACAUUCGUUUCUCUCAAGAAUUGGCCGGUGUGAUGGGAAUCGGCAAUGCAAACUUUGCCAAGGCUGAGGUGGAGACACAGGAGGAUGAGAUUGUGGGAGUGCAUCCUGGUGUUGUAAUGAGCUUAGGACUGAGAGCCGGCUGGCUGGCCAACCUAAAUGACGAUCCAAAGGCUGCCACUGUGUCGGACAGAUUCCACAUUGGAGGACCCCUGUCUGUCCGAGGAUUCAAAACAGGAGGAAUAGGCCCUCGAGAUUACCGUGAUGCUUUGGGUGGUGAUGCCUAUUGGUCUGCAGGCGUUAGUUUGGUUGCACCUCUGCCAAAACUCGAAGAAAAGCCUUUGAGAGCCCAAUUGUUUGUUAAUGCAGGUACAUCUGUACCAUUAAAGACAGGAACAAAUCCACAAGAUGCUGCGCGUGCCCUCACAGAAUCUCCCAGUCUAUCCACUGGCUUUGGUCUCAUCUUCCGCCACAGCAUUGCCCGUAUCGAAUUAAACUACUGUAUUCCUCUGACAGCUGCAAGAGGAGACCAAAUUAGAAGAGGUCUUCAGCUAGGAAUCGGAUUAAACUUUUUGUAAUAAACACUUUGUAGAUACACUAUAGACAAAAACAAACAAACAAAACAAAAGAAAGAGUAUUUACAAACU